GGAGCCUGUUCUAUGGCUCUCUCGCCAGACAAGAAGGCCCUUGUCCUAGGAUUUGAGAACGGCGAAAUGAGACUGCUCGAUACCGCAGGUUGGAGCACUAUCCGCACACUUCGAGGGCAUACAGACCGAGUCGAAUGUGUGAUUUUCUCAAAAGCAGGCAAUCGAAUCGUGUCUGGAAGUAAGGAUUCGUCUAUUCGGGUGUGGAGCCUCCAGGAAGAAACCGAUUCCUUCGCUUUGCAGGGUCACACAGAUGAAGUGACCUCGGUGGCAUUCUCGCCGAAUGAGCUGCAGCUUGUAUCUGGCUCUAAAGAUAUGACUGCGCGUGUCUGGGAUCUGGAUUCGAAAUCUUUUAUCUUUGUCCUCACCGGCCAUACGGACGAAGUUCGAGCCGUUGCAUGGUCACCCGACGGACAACAAAUUGCAUCAGGGAGUAUGGACGAGACAAUACGACUAUGGGAGGCAUCCUCAGGAUCCCACGAAAUGGAACUCAGUCUCGGGUCGAGGAAAGCAUGGAGUCUCCUCUACAUCCCUGGUAGCCAACGCUUGAUCGCGGGAACAGACGGCGACAUUAUCAUAUGGGAUCUUGAUACUGAAAACGAUCCAAUCAUCCUGGAGGGCCACAAUAGUGACAUUCGUUCCUUGGAAAUCUCUGCAGACAGUCAAUGGAUUCUUUCUGCCAGCGAUGAUCGAACUGCGAACAUUUGGAGCGAAGAAACAGGAGAACCUGUUCACACAUUCAGUGGCCACUCUAAAUCGGUGACCGCAUUGUCCUAUUCGCCGUGUGGUCGGUGGCUCGCAACAGGAGAUAGCGGCGGAGUAGUCAAGAUUUGGGACCUAAUGUCUGGCGCCGAAGUCUGUACUCUGGAGGGACACACAAAGUAUAUCAAGGGCGUGAUAGUUGCGGCGGAAGGUCUACAACUUGUCUCCUAUGGUGCCCAGUCCGAUAUCCAUCUAUGGGAUGUAAAAUCGGGGCAGGAGCUGUUCGCUUUAAAGGGACACAGAGGUCCACCUGCAUGCUUUCCAUGGUCGUCUCAAGGGAUCCUGUCGGGUGGAUUAGAUUCAACAGUUCGGCUAUUGAAGUCGCAGUUAGUUGAUUCUACCUCAACUUGGACUUGCGUGGCUGUCAUUCGAGUCACGAUGGGACCGGUGAGGUGUCUUGCCUAGAACCCUGUAGUGCCUCUCGAGUUUGCCUCAGGCGAUAUACUGUCAUCUCUGUAUGUGUGGAAAAUGACGGAGGAGGGCGGUGGCGAGGUGGAUGUCCGUCUGAAAUGGGGAUCGACGUAUCGAUUGGUGGCCACGGGUGCAAAGAUCAAGGACGCCAUCGGUCUCGAUGACAUGCAUCGGAUGUUGUUACAACAAAGAGGCGCGAUUGAUGAGAAGUCUUUAGACUCUACUGCUGCUGCUGGAGUGAAGGAAGGUGAAUCUGAGAAUUCCGAGAGUCAGACUUGACGAGUAGAGCGUGUCUGAUAUUGGUAAACUCCAAGAGAGAAAUAAAU